AUAGCGGUGUGCAGCGAUGCAAGUCCCGGGUAGAUUCAUUUUGGAAUAGAGACUAUAACACCAAGAUAUUGGAGUCCAACAACAACUAAGUAGAAAAUCAUGAUCUUGGUGGCUGCCAUAAAUUUUGGUGCAAUAUUUUCUGGAAUCGCAUUUACAUUUUAUGACGAAUUCAGGAGAGAUCCAUCAGAUAUCGAAACGUACAUAUGGUUUUCUAAAGCCAGUUCCACGGGACAUACACCGUCUGUACUUCUACUGAAGCCGAACAAAGCACUCCAUUCUUUUGGAUACGAAGCGGAAAUGAAAUACGCAUCGCUUGUAAAAGACAGUGAGCAAGAGGGUUGGCUCUACUUCAAAGGCUUCAAGACUCUCCAUCAAUAUAAAAGUCUAAGACGAACCAAGACGAUAAAAGAUGCUAAUGGUCAGGAGAUGCCAGCUAAGACGAUCUUUACGAUGACCAUAAAAUAUCUUAAAAACCAUCUGGUUGAAUUAUUGAAAAGUCGUACCAUGCUUGAGGACUCCAUUCUCUGGGUAGUGACUGUUCCCGCCAUUUGGGAUGACGGCGCGAAACAAUUCAUGACGGAGGUAGCAGCAGAGGCUGGUAUCCCGAGAAAACAACUGUUGUUGGUUUCGGAGCCAGAAGCAGCGACCAUUUACUGUAAUAACAUACCCAUGGAAGCUAAACCAGAUGGCAGAGGAAGAACUGAAACUAACUUAUUCGAACCUGGGACACAAUAUAUGGUGUUGGAUGCGGGAGAGACAUCUGAUAUCACAGUCCUUGAAGUAAAGUCAAACCAGACGCUUCAGGAGGUCCAUCAUGUCACCGAUGGAGCUUGGGGAUGGGAUAAAGUGGGCGAUGCAUUUUACCAGUUCUUAGUUACGCUCACUGGAAUUGAAGUUCUGACAACGUUCAAGGUUGAAAACGAGAUUGCUUAUACUCACAUUUUCGAUGAUUUUGAGACGAUGAUAAGCGUUAUGAAGCCCGAUUCAGAAAGUAAUGUAAACAUAGAUUUACCACCUCGUCUGCUGGAGAUAUUUAAGGAGCAAACACAAGAAACAUUGACAGAGGCACUGACACGGACAAGGUACGCAAAGAGAGUAGAAUUGACGGGAAACAAACUUCGAGUACAUCCCAAAAUUUUCAAAGACUUUUACAAUCAGUCACUGCAAGGAAUAAUUCAAGUUAUCACAGACACCAUGGAGUCGUUUCAAGGAGCGUCUGAAUCGAAAUUUCUUCUUGUAAGCGAUUUUGUUACAUCGCCAAUGGUGUUGAAGGCAAUAAGGGAAUCAUUUCCCGAUAAUAAAGUUAUCGCCCCUACCGAUCCAGCUCUAGCGGUCAUGAAAGGCGCUGUGAUAUUUGGUCAUAUCCCACAUUCAUCGGGAGAUGGAAUUUAAGUAUAAGUAGUUUCAAAUAUAUACAAACGUCAAAGACCAGACGGACAAAUGUUGUGUGAGCAUUUUUUAAAAAGCUUUAGAUCACUGGGUAGAAAAAAGACGAUUAGUUUUGACAAAAAGGACGUGGUCAUUGGUAUAGGCAAUUUCCGAGUUCCUCAUAGUUAUUUCUCUUUGUUGAAAUCUUAUGCACAGUGAGAUAGCGGUGGAUACAAAUGUUUAUCGCUGUCUUCAUAUAUUGCCUAAAGGGUGAUUACCAGACAUCAUGCAACCACCAAAACUGCAGGGACACACAAUAUUAGUAUGUCUAUGACUAUUUAAUAAUUAAAUAGUUCAAGUAAAAAUCGAUAAUCAUCAUCUUUCUUUGAUAAAAGUAUCACUCGUGCAGAAGAGGAAAUAAAUGACUAUUUCAUAUCUAAUUUGAUGACACAAUUCAAGCAAAUUAUUCUUGAUAUGGUCAGUGUAAUGCAUAUAAACGGCUGAUAUAAACAAAUUCAGGCUUUCA